GUCAGCCUGCAAGGAGAGGGGGUGAGACUUGGUGGUUUACACCCAGGGACAUGGGUUUUUUGAAGGUAAGUCAGCAACAACAUGAUGACACAUAAUACACACACAGGAAUUUCACGUCAGGAUCUGAACAGAGUGACGGGGACAAUCUUUUCUGUACAGAAUUUCUUUUUUUGGCUCACACAGGGCUUUGUAUCUCAUGCACAAUCCAUCUCUUCCUGUGUUAGGACCCUGCAGUGUGUUUGCAUGUUUUAUAGUGGGGUUAAAAUCAACUGGACUAAUCAAGUUAUUUCAUUAACUUGCAGGCUGGUGUUUGAAUUUGGAAUUCCUGUCUCCCCUCUCCCCACAAAGCCAUGGACGCCGAUCUGACCCUUCUCAGCACCAUUGGGGUGGGAGAUCUGGUGCUGCUUGAUCCACUGACCGAAGAUACAUUACUUCAAAAUCUGGAGGAGCGCUUCCAACAUCAUGAAAUCUACACUUACAUUGGGAACGUGGUGAUCUCAGUGAACCCGUAUCAACCCCUGCCCAUUUACUCAGAAGAGAUGGUGGAACAAUAUAAGAACUGUAACUUCUUUUGCGUAAAGCCCCACAUCUAUGCCAUAGCUGAUGAUGCCUACCGCUCCCUCAGAGACCAGGACAAGGACCAAUGUGUCCUUAUCACAGGCGAGAGUGGAGCUGGAAAAACAGAGGCCAGCAAGCUAGUGAUGUCAUAUGUGGCAGCUGUAUGUGGAAAAGGAGAGCAGGUGAACCUGGUCAAGGAGCAAUUGCUGCAGUCAAAUCCUGUCCUGGAAGCCUUUGGGAACGCGAAAACUAUCCGUAAUGACAACUCGUCAAGAUUUGGCAAAUACAUGGAUAUUGAGUUUGACUUCAAAGGUGAUCCUCUGGGUGGUGUCAUAAGCAAUUACCUUCUGGAGAAGUCCCGGGUGAUACAUCAUGUCAAGGGCGAGAGGAACUUCCACAUCUUCUACCAGCUUCUAUCUGGAGGCUCUGACCAGCUGCUCAAACAACUGAAGCUAGAGCGAGACUGCAGUCUUUACGGCUACCUCAACAGGGAGGCCCCAAGCCUGCAGGGUAUAGAUGAUGCUGCCAACUUCAGCGUUGUUCAGGAUGCCAUGAAAGCCAUUGGCUUCUCCUCAGCUGAGGUGACUGCGGUGCUCGAGGUGAUAGCUGUUGUCCUCAAACUGGGCAAUGUUCAGCUGAGCGAGCAAUUUCAAGCCAGUGGGGCUGAGUCAUGUGGAAUCCAGAAUGAAAAAGUGAUACGGGAUAUCUGUCAGCUGAUCCAGCUGGAUGAAUCUGUAUUGGAACACGCUUUGUGCUCUCGGACUGUGAAGGCCCAUCAGGAGAAGGUGGUGACAUCUUUGAAGGUCUCUCAAGUAAUAGCUCCUGCCAGUUGCCAGGAGGGACCUGACAAUCCUAGAUGGGGUGAUGGUUGCCAACUCUGGGUUGGGAAAUACCUGGAGAUUUUGGAAGCGGAGCCUAAGGAGAACAACAGUUUUGAACAGUUUGUUAUCAAUUACUGUAAUGAGAAGCUGCAGCAGAUUUUUAUCCUGCUGACCCUGAAAGAAGAACAAGAGGAGUACAUUCGGGAGGGUGUUGCGUGGACUCCCGUGGACUUUUUUGAUAACAGCAUCAUCUGUGACUUGAUUGAGAAUAGCAAAGGAGGGAUCCUGGCCUUGCUGGAUGAAGAGUGCCUUCGCCCAGGGAAGGUGAAUGAAGCCACUUUCGUGACCAAACUCAACCAAGUAUUUAAAGAACACAAACAUUAUGAGAGCAGAGUCACCCAGAAUGCCAAACAUAUCUUGGAUGCUGGCUUGCUUGCUGACUGCUUCCGAAUUCGUCAUUACGCUGGCAAAGUAACGUACAACGUGACUGGAUUCAUAGAAAAGAACAAUGACCUGCUCUAUAGAGACCUGUCGCAAGCCAUGUGGAAGGCCAAGCACAAGCUGUUGCGCACUCUGUUCCCUGAAGGGGACCCCGAAAAAGCUUCACUCAAGCGUCCACCAACUGCUGGCUUCCAGUUCAAGGCUUCUGUGGUCACCCUCAUGAAGAACCUCUACUCCAAGAAGCCCAACUAUAUCAGGUGCAUUAAGCCCAAUGACACCAAGCAGCCUGCAGUGUUCACAGAUGCACUGGUCCGUUCACAAGUGCGUUACCUUGGCCUGCUGGAGAACGUGCGAGUUCGAAGAGCUGGCUACGCCUAUCGGCAAGUCUAUGAACCGUGCCUGGAACGCUAUAAAAUGCUCUGCAAGGAGACCUGGCCACAUUGGAAUGGAAGCGCCAGAGAUGGUGUUCAAGCCCUCUUGGGCAGCCUGCCGAUUGAUCCCAAGGAGCUGGCAUGUGGACACACCAAGAUUUUCAUUCGCAGUCCUGGUGUGCUUUUUGACUUGGAAGACCGACGUCAGCAGCGAAUGGGAGACCUGGCUGCCCUGAUCCAAGCAACUUAUCGGGCAUGGAAAUGUCGCAGGCACUAUCAAGAGAUACGCAAGAGCCAGAUCCUAAUUUCUGCCUGGUUCCGGGGCCAUAAUCAAAAGAAGAAAUAUUCCAAGAUGAAGAAGUCAGCUCUUCUUAUCCAAGCCUACAUUCGAGGUUGGAAGUCUCGUAGGCUCCUGCGGGAGCUGAAGGAGCAGAUGCGCCGUUCUCAGGCUGCAACGAUCAUUUCUUCUUAUUGGAAAGGUCAUCAGACACGAAAGGAAUACAAGAAGUAUUUCCGUUCUGGGGCCUCUGCCAACAUCACCACUUUUAUCUACCAAAGCCUGGUGCAAAAGUUUCUUUUGGCACUGAAAAACAAUUUGCCUUCCAUGACAGUGACAGACCACACUUGGCCAGCUGCUCCUUACAAAUUUCUCACCAACGCUAACCAAGAGCUAAAGAAGAUCUUCCACCAUUGGCGGUUCCUGCACAGGAAGGUAAGAACACCCAAAGCUGACUUCUGCAGACUUAGACCGGGGUCUAUCAAGUUCAGUGCAAAAGCCAGUGAGUUGUUCCGGGACAAGAAAAGCUUGUACACCAAGAGUCUCCAGCAGCCAUUCCAAGGGGAAUAUCUGGGUCUGAAAGAGAACUCCAGGUAUCGUAAGCUUCUGUCCUCCACGGACGACAAACUGGUCAUGGCAGACAAUGUGAGAAAAGUCAACCGGGGCGAUGGAAAGGCUUCUCCUAGACUCUUCCUUCUUACCAAGAGUCAUGUGAUCCUGGCUGAUCCCAAGGCAGCUCAACCCAAAACCGUGAUCACCCUGAGCGACAUUGACAGUGUCUCCGUCAGCCGCUACUCAGAUGGAUUCUUUGUUUUGCAUCUUAAAGAGUCUUCCACAGCGGGCAGCAAAGGGGACUUCUUGCUUAUCAGUGAUCACCUGAUUGAGCUGGUCACCAGGCUCCACCAGACAGUUCUGGAGACUACAAAGCAGAGAUUGAAACUCCAAGUGACUGAUGAGUUCCUGGUAAAGUUCAAGCAAGGCAGCAUCACUGUCAAGGUAGUGGAAACAGCUCAGAAACAGGGCACAGCACCCGUCUGCAGGAAGAAAGGAAGCCGCAGGAUGGAGGUGCUGGUUCACUAAGGUAAAGCUGGGGAAGGCAAAGAAGUAUCCGAACUAUAUUGUUUGUCCAGAGUCAACUAUUUGGACUUCCUGAGAUUCUGUAUCUAGGAACCUUCAACCAACCUAUGGCCCACCACCACCACCAUCGGACCUCCAGAAUCUCUCUCUCAGGGGCAGCUGUCUAAAUACUUCAUUCAGUAUUGAAUGUGCACCAGUUUCUCCAUUUGUUGAUAAACCAAACCUGUGUAGCUUCCAGCAUCUUGGGAAGUAGCCUCUCUAGCAGAAGACUUACUGAACAGGAAGAGAGAGGAUCAAUAAAACAUAAUACAAAUGAAAA